AUCACAGGUGUGAGCCACAGCAUCCAGCCUUUUCAUCCCUUUUGAAUGGAAUGAAGAUUGGAUUUUUGCUGUGUGGAUUAUUCUAUAAAUUGUUUUCAUCAUAAAACUGUGCCUUUAAGGCAAGAUAGUCCCAAAUUUCCUGCUUUUAUUUCAAACUAUGCCUCUGUGAAAUUGUUUAUAUUGAUGAGUUAUACAAAUGGAAUCCAAGAGAUGGAGAGGGACCUGAGCUCAUCAAUUUAGUGAUGUCAGUAGCUCCAUAGAGGUAUUUAUAUCUUUCUUUUUCACCCUCUAGGACUUCUGGGAGAAGGCUGGGUGCAGACUAGAAUCAUAUUUUGUUUUCUUGGAAACUUUUGUUUAAGUAUUUUAUAAUUUUGUAUAUUUUGCUGCAUAUUUAUGUAUAGUCGAAUUGUAUGUAAAUCAGUAGGAUUAUGUAAUUACAUAAUUCCCUGAUGUAUCUUUCUGAAGUCUGAUACAUGUGAUACAGGAGAUCUCCUUUUACCUAUUCUAUAGUCCAUACUCCAUUAAUAUAAUGCUUCUUGAUGUAUUUAAUGGCCUUAUAAUUCACAUUUCCCAUCUGAAUUUGGGACACAUGAGAACACAAGUUAACAUUUUCAAACCUUUACCAAGUGUCAGGGACUUUUACUAUAUAUAUGCUGGCCUCACUUAAUCUUGACAGCACUCUUGUGUGAGACAGUGGGCACACUGAGGUUGGAGAGGCUAUUGCAGCUGGCCUCGCUCCUUGUGCCAGUCCAGGGCAGAGCCAGGGCUGCUGGACCCCUAAGAUCACCUUCUUAAUUCACUAUGGGGUAUUAGCUCUCCGAUUAUUUGACUUAAUACAGAAGUUUUUUUUAUUAUUUGUAAUUUAUGGGAAGAACUGAGAUACAUACAAUUAAGUUUCAUGUAGUAAAUGACUUGAUGAAGCACCAUUGUUGAAAAAAACCUAGAAAAUCUGCUAUAUUUUGCCAUUGCCCACUCACAAGUGCAGUUUAUCAAUAAAGGAUUAUAGAUUAGACCACCUUGUAUCGAAACAGCUUUACAUGGAAUUUCCAAGGAGCUAGUACUUUUAAAAGAGGUUUGUUCUAUAUUCAGACUGAGGGGAGUGUCAUGAAUUAUUAGAGCUAUUAAGAUUAGUGUAUAUCCCCAACUUUGCCAGGAAAUGACCUAAAUUGACUUUACCUCUCUGUAAGGCAGGAGGAAACUUUAAGAUAAAGCAGACUCUAGUCUGGAAUUGAUGUGAAUACCCACUGGGGAAACCUGAGUAAUUAUGUAAUUAAAUAACUAACUCUUACUUCUCCACCUUCUGCUGACUUGAGCAAGGGAAAAGGCCGGUUAACAAUUCAUAUGGUUUUUUAAUAAGGGUUAAGGUGAGCAAAACUGAAGAAUUACUGAGAGAAGAUUUAGGAUAGGGCUCAUUUUUAGGCCUAAAGGAAUGCUUCUAGAAUAUUUAAGUGAGAGCAGACCUAAACUAAUUUUCAAUUUAAUGAAGUCCAGAGAGAAUUGUUCUAUUUAAAAUAAUGUUUUUGUUUUUCCUGAAACUGUAACUGCCCUGUGGUGUGCUUUAUUUUAUAAAUCCUGUUUUGUUUUUCUGUAUUGACCAGCUGGAAGAAAAACCUUCUAAAACAAAAGGGGUUUUGUAUGCAUAUUUCAGAGGCUGUUGGUGGGACAGAAGCCAGGAAACUGGGUCCAGCUGUGCUUGGGGGUGGGGGGAGAAGGGAUCCCAGAGUGGGAGGGGCAGAAGGAGAGGGCUGAACACAGAGGACUGAUUAGGUGGGAGGGCUGCUGGAUUUACCCCCAACUCUGAAAUAAAGCUGGGUAUGGAAGAACAGGCCAGCAACACCACCUUUGCUGAAAAUGGGGAGGGUAGCAUUCGUGCAUUUCAGAGGUAAUAAACAGAUGUAAUUUACAGUCAACAGGAGGGUUUAAGAAAAAAAAAAAGUUGUUAAAGGUGCGCAUGCCCAGGCAUCCAGUGCAGAGGAUGUUCUUAACGAAUGUUUGCUCGAGAUAAUGGCCUCACUGCGCUCAGUUCUGCAUGUUGACAUCUCUAUCGGUGGGGUCUGGAGAGUGUGAUGCUGAGUAGGAAGACAGGGUGGGGACUGAGCUCACGUGGAUCAGGCAAUUGGCAACGGGGAGCAGGUGGCCCGGGUUUGGAGUCAGAGCCAAACACGCAGCGUGGUGCGUGCUGGAAAGGCAGUGAGGAACAGGACACGCUCUCUCCUCUCAAAGAGCUCGUCACUUGCUGAAGAGAAAGCAAGAGGUCAUCAUAAUACACAGGCCAAGUCCUGGUUUUUCCUCAUAUGCCUGUUGGGGCCUCGAGCUGGUCAUUUUGCCUGUCAGUUUCUAUAAACGGAGAUGGAAACAGGAAGGUGGGGAGGUGCUUCUGUUUCCCCAGCAUGGGAGAAAUGCCUACUGCCUCUCCAGUUGGCUUUGGAAUCCAAGAAUGUGAAACUGGCCCAACAUGCUUUGGCAGGGAUGCAGAAGCUUCUGUCGGAAGAGAGGUUUGUAUCCAUGGAAACAGACUCUGAUGAGAAGCAGCUGCUUAAUCAGAUCCUGAAUGCCGUGAAAGUGACGCCUUCACUCAACGAGGACCUGCAGGUGGAAGUGAUGAAGGUUUUACUGUGCAUCACCUACACGCCCACAUUUGAUCUGAAUGGGAGUGCUGUGCUGAAGAUUGCUGAGGUGUGCAUUGAGACAUACAUAAGCAGCUGUCACCAGCGUAGCAUAAACACUGCUGUGCGGGCAACUCUCAGUCAAAUGCUGAGUGACUUGACUUUACAGUUGCGGCAGAGGCAGGAGAAUACGAUAAUUGAAAAUCCAGAUGUCCCACAGGAAUUCGGGAAUCAAGGGUCCACGGUGGAGUCCCUCUGUGAUGAUGUUGUCUCUGUACUCACCAUCCUGUGUGAGAAGCUACAAGCUGCCAUCAAUAACAGUCAGCAGCUGCAGCUUCUCUACCUGGAAUGCAUCCUGUCUGUGCUCAGCAGCUCCUCCUCCUCCAUGCACCUGCACAGGGGCUUCACGGACCUGAUCUGGAAAAGCCUCUGCCCUGCUCUCAUCGUGAUCCUGGGGAAUCCAAUCCACGACAAAACCAUCACCUCUGCUCACAGCAGCAGCACCAGUACCAGCCUGGAAUCAGACUCUGCGUCUCCGGGAGUGUCUGACCACGGCCGGGGAUCCGGCUGCUCCUGCACCGCGCCGGCCCUGAGUGGGCCUGUGGCUCGGACUAUCUAUUACAUCGCAGCCGAGCUGGUCCGGCUGGUGGGGUCCGUGGACUCCAUGAAGCCCGUGCUCCAGUCCCUCUACCACCGAGUGCUGCUCUACCCCCCACCCCAGCACCGGGUGGAAGCCAUCAAAAUAAUGAAAGAGAUUCUCGGGAGCCCACAGCGUCUCUGUGACUUGGCAGGACCCAGCUCCACUGAACCAGAGUCCAGAAAAAGAUCAAUUUCAAAAAGAAAGUCUCAUCUGGAUCUCCUCAAACUCAUCAUGGAUGGCAUGACCGAAGCAUGCAUCAAGGGUGGCAUUGAAGCCUGCUAUGCGGCCGUGUCCUGUGUCUGCACCUUGCUGGGUGCCCUGGACGAGCUCAGCCAGGGGAAGGGCUUGAGCGAAGAUCAGGUGCACCUGCUGCUUCUGCGCCUUGAGGAGCUGAAGGAUGGGGCUGAGUGGAGCCGAGAUUCCAUGGAGAUCAAUGAGGCCGACUUCCGCUGGCAGCGGCGAGUGCUGUCCUCAGAGCACACGCCGUGGGAGUCAGGGAACGAGAGGAACCUUGACAUCAGCAUCAGUGUCACCACAGACACAGGCCAGACCACGCUUGAGGGAGAGUUAGGUCAGACCACACCUGAGGACCACUCGGGAAACCACAAGAACAGUCUCAAGUCGCCAGCCAUCCCAGAGGGCAAGGAGACACUGAGCAAAGUAUUGGAACCAGAGGCAGUAGACCAACCAGAUGUGGUGCAGAGAAGCCACACGGUCCCUUACCCUGACAUAACUAACUUCCUGUCAGUAGACUGCAGGACAAGGUCCUAUGGAUCUAGGUAUAGUGAGAGCAAUUUUAGCGUCGAUGACCAAGACCUUUCUAGGACAGAGUUUGAUUCCUGUGAUCAGUACUCAAUGGCCGCAGAAAAGGACUCGGGCAGGUCUGACGUGUCGGACAUAGGGUCGGACAACUGUUCACUUGCCGACGAAGAGCAGACCCCCCGGGACUGCCUGGGCCACCGGUCCCUGCGAACUGCUGCCCUGUCUCUAAAACUGCUGAAGAACCAGGAGGCGGAUCAGCACAGCACCAGGCUGUUCAUACAGUCCCUGGAAGGCCUCCUUCCUCGGCUUCUGGCUCUCUCCAGUGUAGAGGAGGUGGACACCGCUCUGCAGAACUUUGCCUCCACUUUCUGCUCAGGCAUGAUGCACUCUCCUGGCUUUGAUGCCAACAGCAGCCUCAGCUUCCAGAUGCUGAUGAACGCAGACAGCCUCUAUGCAGCUGCACACUAUGCCCUGCUCCUCAACCUGAAGCUCUCCCACGGUGACUACUACAGGAAGCGGCCGACCCUGUCACCAGGCGUGAUGAAGGAGUUCAUGAAGCAGGUGCAGUCCAGCGGCGUGCUGAUGGUCUUCUCCCCAGCCUGGAUUGAGGAGCUCUACCAUCAGGUGCUCGACAGGAACAUGCUCGGAGAGGCUGGCUACUGGGGCAGCCCGGAAGAUAACAGCCUUCCCCUCAUCACAAUGCUGACCGAUAUUGACGGCUUAGAGAGCAGUGCCAUUGGUGGCCAGCUGAUGGCCUCAGCUGCUACAGAGUCUCCUUUCACCCAGAGCAGGAGAAUCGAUGACUCCACAGUGGCAGGCGUGGCAUUUGCUCGCUAUAUUCUGGUGGGCUGCUGGAAGAACUUGAUAGAUACUUUAUCAACCCCACUAACUGGUCGAAUGGCAGGGAGCUCCAAAGGGCUGGCCUUCAUUCUGGGAGCUGAAGGCAUCAAAGAGCAGAACCAGAAGGAGCGGGACGCCAUCUGCAUGAGCCUCGACGGGCUGCGGAAAGCCGCACGGCUGAGCUGCGCACUAGGGGUUGCUGCUAACUGCGCCUCGGCCCUUGCCCAGAUGGCAGCUGCCUCCUGUGUCCAAGAAGAAAAAGAAGAGAGGGAGGCCCAAGAACCCAGUGAUGCCAUCGCACAAGUGAAACUAAAAGUGGAGCAGAAACUGGAGCAGAUUGGGAAGGUGCAGGGGGUGUGGCUGCACACUGCCCACGUCUUGUGCAUGGAAGCCAUCCUCAGCGUAGGCCUGGAGAUGGGAAGCCACAACCCGGACUGCUGGCCACAUGUGUUCAGGGUGUGUGAGUACGUGGGCACCCUGGAGCACAACCACUUCAGUGACGGCGCCUCGCAGCCCCCUCUGACCAUCAGCCAGCCCCAGAAGGCCACUGGGAGUGCUGGCCUCCUUGGGGACCCUGAGUGUGAGGGCUCGCCCCCUGAGCAGAGCCCAGAGCAGGGGCGCACCCUGAGCACAGCCCCCGUUGUCCAGCCCCUGUCCAUCCAGGACCUCGUCCGGGAAGGCAGCCGGGGACGGGCCUCCGACUUCCGCGGUGGGAGCCUCAUGAGUGGGAGCAGCGCCGCCAAGGUGGUGCUCACCCUAUCCACGCAGGCUGACAGGCUGUUUGAAGAUGCUACGGAUAAGUUGAACCUCAUGGCUCUGGGAGGUUUUCUUUACCAGCUGAAGAAAGCAUCACAGUCUCAGCUUUUCCAUUCUGUUACAGAUACAGUUGAUUACUCUCUGGCAAUGCCAGGAGAAGUUAAAUCCACUCAAGACCGCAAAAGCGCCCUCCAUCUGUUCCGCCUGGGGGAUGCCAUGCUGAGGAUCGUGCGUAGCAAAGCACGGCCCCUGCUCCACGUGAUGCGCUGCUGGAGCCUUGUGGCCCCACACCUGGUGGAGGCUGCUUGCCAUAAGGAAAGACAUGUGUCUCAGAAGGCUGUUUCCUUCAUCCAUGACAUACUGACAGAGGUCCUCACUGACUGGAAUGAGCCACCUCAUUUUCACUUCAAUGAAUUACUCUUCCGACCUUUCGAGCGCAUUAUGCAGCUGGAGUUGUGUGAUGAGGAUGUCCAAGACCAGGUUGUCACGUCCAUUGGUGAGCUGGUUGAAGUGUGUUCCACGCAGAUCCAGUCUGGAUGGAGACCCUUGUUCAGUGCCCUGGAAACAGUGCAUGGUGGGAACAAGUCAGAGGUGAAGGAGUACCUGGUUGGUGACUACUCCAUGGGAAAAGGCCAAGCUCCAGUGUUUGAUGUAUUUGAAGCUUUUCUCAAUACGGACAACAUCCAGGUCUUUGCUAAUGCAGCCACUAGCUACAUCAUGUGCCUUAUGAAGUUUGUCAAAGGACUGGGGGAGGUGGACUGUAAAGAGAUUGGAGACUGUGUCCCGGCACCCGGAGCCCCGUCCACAGACCUGUGCCUCCCAGCCCUGGACUACCUCAGGCGCUGCUCUCAGUUAUUGGCAAAAAUCUACAAAAUGCCCUUGAAGCCAAUAUUCCUUAGUGGGAGACUUGCCAGCUUGCCUCGAAGACUUCAAGAACAGUCAGCCAGCAGUGAGGAUGGAAUUGAAUCAGUCCUGUCUGAUUUUGAUGAUGACACCGGUCUGAUAGAAGUCUGGAUAAUCCUGCUGGAGCAGCUGACAGCAGCUGUGUCCAAUUGUCCACGGCAGCACCAACCACCAACUUUGGAUUUACUCUUUGAGCUAUUGAGAGAUGUGACCAAAACACCAGGACCAGGGUUCGGUAUCUAUGCAGUGGUUCACCUCCUCCUUCCUGUGAUGUCCCUGUGGCUCCGCCGUAGCCAUAAAGACCAUUCCUACUGGGAUGUGGCCUCUGCCAACUUCAAGCACGCUAUUGGACUGUCCUGUGAGCUGGUGGUGGAGCACAUUCAAAGCUUUCUACAUUCAGAUAUCAGGUACGAGAGCAUGAUCAAUACCAUGCUGAAAGAGCUCUUCGAGCUGCUGGUUGCCUGUGUGGCCAAGCCCACCGAAACUAUCUCCAGAGUGGGCUGCUCCUGUAUUAGAUAUGUCCUUGUGACAGCAGGCCCUGUGUUCACUGAGGAGAUGUGGAGGCUUGCCUGCUGUGCCCUGCAAGACGCGUUCUCCGCCACACUCAAGCCAGUGAAGGACCUGCUGGGCUGCUUCCACAGCGGCACGGAGAGCUUCAGCGGGGAAGGCUGCCAGGUGCGGGUGGCAGCCCCAUCCUCCUCCCCAAGUGCCGAGGCCGAGUACUGGCGCAUUCGAGCCAUGGCCCAGCAGGUGUUUAUGCUGGACACCCAGUGCUCACCAAAGACGCCAAACAACUUUGACCACGCUCAGUCCUGCCAGCUCAUUAUUGAGCUGCCUCCUGAUGAAAAACCAAAUGGACACACCAAGAAAAGCGUGUCUUUCAGGGAAAUUGUGGUGAGCUUGCUGUCUCAUCAGGUCUUACUCCAGAACUUAUAUGACAUCUUGUUAGAAGAGUUCGUCAAAGGCCCCUCUCCUGGAGAGGAGAAGACGAUCCAAGUGCCAGAAGCCAAGCUGGCUGGCUUCCUCAGAUACAUCUCCAUGCAGAACUUGGCAGUCAUAUUCGACCUGCUGCUGGACUCUUACAGGACCGCCAGAGAGUUUGACACGAGCCCCGGGCUGAAGUGCCUGCUGAAGAAAGUGUCUGGCAUCGGGGGUGCCGCCAACCUCUACCGCCAGUCUGCCAUGAGCUUUAACAUCUAUUUCCACGCCCUGGUGUGUGCCGUUCUCACCAAUCAAGAAACCAUCACUGCAGAGCAAGUGAAGAAGGUCCUUUUUGAGGAGGACGAGAGAAGCACAGACUCUUCCCAGCAGUGUUCAUCCGAGGAUGAAGACAUCUUUGAGGAAACCGCGCAGGUCAGCCCCCCGAGAGGCAAGGAGAAGAGACAGUGGCGGGCACGGAUGCCCUUGCUCAGCGUCCAGCCCGUCAGCAACGCGGACUGGGUGUGGCUGGUCAAGAGGCUGCACAAGCUGUGCAUGGAACUGUGCAACAACUAUAUCCAGAUGCACCUGGACCUGGAGAACUGUAUGGAGGAGCCUCCCAUCUUCAAGAGCGACCCAUUCUUCAUCCUGCCCUCCUUCCAGUCCGAGUCAUCCACCCCCUCCACCGGGGGCUUCUCUGGGAAAGAAACCCCUUCCGAGGACGACAGAAGCCAGCCCCGGGAGCACACAGGCGAGUCCCUGAGCCUGAAGGCCGGGGGUGGGGACCUGCUGCUGCCCCCCAGCCCCAAGGUGGAGAAGAAGGAUCCCAGCCGCAAGAAGGAGUGGUGGGAGAACGCGGGGAACAAAAUCUACACCAUGGCGGCCGACAAGACCAUUUCAAAGCUGAUGACCGAAUACAAAAAGAGGAAACAGCAGCACAACCUGCCUGCGUUCCCCAAAGACAUCAAAGUGGAGAAGAAAGGAGAGCCACUGGGCCCCAGGGGCCAGGACUCCCCGCUGCUUCAGCGUCCCCAACACUUGAUGGAUCAAGGGCAAAUGCGGCAUUCCUUCAGCGCAGGCCCCGAGCUGCUGCGGCAGGACAAGAGGCCCCGCUCAGGCUCCACCGGGAGUUCCCUUAGUGUCUCCGUGAGAGACGCAGAAGCACAGAUCCAGGCAUGGACCAACAUGGUGCUAACAGUUCUCAAUCAGAUUCAGAUUCUCCCAGACCAAACCUUCACGGCCCUCCAGCCCGCAGUGUUCCCGUGCAUCAGUCAGCUGACCUGUCACGUGACCGACAUCCGAGUUCGCCAGGCUGUGCGGGAGUGGCUGGGCCGAGUGGGCCGUGUCUAUGACAUCAUUGUGUAGCAGACUCCUGUUCCACUCCUCCCCGCAAAAAAACAGUAGUGAGGGUUAGAGUCUGCCUGCCAAUCCAACUGUUGCGUUUUCCCCACCACCAGCCCCACUUAAACUAGUGUCUCAGAGAACAGUGUCUCCCGGUGUAAAAAGCCUUUUCAACCACUGAUCAGCAUUGGGGCCAUUCUAGAUACUAACGUUGUAUCUAGAUGACACAAACGAUAUUCUGAUUUUGCACAUUAUUAUAGAAGAAUCUAUAAUCCUUGAUAUGUUUCUGACUCUUGAAGUAUAUUUCCCAGUGCUUUUGCUUACAAUGUUAUCCCCAAAUGAGUCAUUUUCAAGGAUUACGCCUUUGAAAACACCGUAUUGAUCCAUUUGAUCCAUCAUUUUAAAAAUAAAUACAAUUCCUAAGGCAAUAUCUGCUGGUAAGUCAAGCUGAUGAUAUGUAAACACUCAGACAUCUAAUACCAGGGAUUAUUAAAUGGAGGAAGAUGUAUGAUUAUGGGUUUGGCUGGGAAGAAGACAACCAUAAAAAUAUAUUCUUGGGUGUCAUAAGAAAGAGGUGACUUCCGUUGUAAAAUAAUCUAGAACACUUCAAAAUUAUUCCUAAAUCAUUAAGGUUUUCAGGUAUUUACCAACUUCCCCAUGUAAGGUACUGUUGUGCCUUUAUUUCUGUAUUUCUAAAAGAAGAAAGUUCUUUCCUAGCAGGGUUUGAAGUCUGUGGCUUGUCAGCCUGUGACACAGAGUACCCAGUGAAAGUGGCUGAUACAUACCUUGCCAAGAGACAUAAGGCUGACCGGCCACCCUGGCUGUUCUUGUGGUGUUUGCUUCCGUCCCCAAGGCAAACAAGGAAAGGAAAGAAAAAUGGUGCCUUAGUCCUUUGUUGCACUUAGAGUUCUAUGCCCACAAUUACCUGAGCAUAAAGUAUAACAUUUGGUUUUUAAGAAAAUAAAACAUUAAAACACAACUCUUUUUCUGUCAACACUCUUGGAGGAAAGGGACUCAGGGAAGAGAGCAGGGAGUGUGGGGUGGGGAGAGAUGAUGACGAAAUCAUUUUGAAUCUUGUAAUACAGCAAUCUUACAGAAUUAUGGUGUCAGUUAUACAAGCUCUAGUCUUACAAAACGAAAGUAAAGGACAAAGACACGUUUAGAAAAUUUUGUCUAUUUAAAAAAUAUAUCCUAUUUAGCAAGUAAAGUUACCCUGUUUGAUGUCUUUUAUUCAGACCAAUAUUUCAGGUGGCUAUUUCUAAGUAUUACUAGAAAAAUAAUAUAUUUGAAAGCUUUAUCUUAUUAUUUACAGUAUUUUUAUAUUUCUUACAUUAUCCUAAUGAUUGAAAACUCCUCAAUCAAGCUUACACACAUUCUACAGAGCAGAGUUAGUUAAGGCAUAUAUUAUAGUUUCUCAGCCCCUAAAAAUGUAUUCAUAAUGAGUAAGUCACCCUUUAAAUAUAAGACAUAAAUUCUACAGUAUUAAAAUAACGAUUUCAAAGGGAUUGAACUUUAUUCAGUGCUGGUAUUUGUAAACUUUGUCCUCCUUGAGAAAUAUGGAACUAACUUAGAGGAUAUGAGGAAGGCAGGGUUCUCUGACUUCCUUAGGUGAUCUGAACAAAAGAUGCUUAUCAUUUAAUGUGCCAUCUAGAGAUCACCACAGAAUCUGGGAGACUUUUUUUUUUCUUCCAGUUCCA